CAAUUAGAAAGUGGGGCAUAAAAACUAAAUAAGAAAAAGGCAAAAUAAAAAAUAAAAAAAACGCGGCUGCUUUACACCAAAAAACCGUAGUUCAUCUCUGCUAAUCAAAUUCCAGCUCCUACAGAUCGUCAAUUUUACGAUCCACAACUAAAAGGGGUUUUCAAGACUCCUCAAUUUUCGAUCAAUUAUAAUUUAAUCACCCCUAAACUUUCCCAGAUUUUUUUUUAAUUCUUUCUCUUCCUAAUUCAAUUUUAUUCAUCGAUUUUAUUGAGUUUUUUUUUGGUUUCUUUCAAUUUGGUGGGGUUUUCUGGAGUUUAGCUAUUGAUCUUGAUCUAUUUAGGUGAAAUAUCCAAUGGGGUUUUCCAGAUUUCGAAACUCUUUAAUGGGUCGAAGAGAAUUUGUGAUUUUGUUUUCUGGGGAAUUGUAAAAAAGCUGCAUACUAUUUUUGUGAAUUGAAACGUUUCCCGUUUCGGAGAUGAUUUCUUUAGGAAGAAAGGGAUUUGAGCACAGAUUUAGCAGUAAUAAUAAUAAUAAGACAGAGAUGGAAGAAGAGACUGAGCUUGAAGAAGGAGAAGCUUGUUCUUACCACGAAGAUGAUGAUGAUACAACCAUUGACCCUGAUGUUUCCCUUUCUUAUAUAGAUGAGAAAAUUCAAAAUGUACUGGGGCACUUUAAGAAAGAUUUUGAAGGUGUUGUUUCAGCCGAGAGUCUGGGGGCAAAAUAUGGUAUAUACGGUUCAUUCUUGCCAGCUCAUCGCCGAUCACCUGUUGGGUCUCAAUCUAGAAGUCCACCUAGAGUUCAAAACCAUAUUACUCCCCAGUCUCCAAAUACAUUACAAACGGAGGGUGGUCACCAUAAUUCUCUUGCUCCGGCCAACGCCCCGUAUUCAAUAAAACAUGGAUCUGCUUCUGCUGGUUCUGCUUCAUCUUUUGCUCACAAGCUACCACCCCAAAAUGACCUAUGUAGACAAAAUGGAAAGACAAAAUUAAUUCAGACGUCGGAAGAGUGUAUACCUAAAUCUGAAGUUCGUGAUCAGAAAACACUGAAAGUUCGAAUUAAAGUGGGUUCUGAUAAUUUGUCAGUGAAGAAAAAUGCUGCAAUCUACAGUGGUCUUGGCCUUGAUGGGUCUCCAACUUCAUCACUUGGUGACAGCCCAAUGGAAAGUGAAGGGCUGUCUUGCAGACUGUCAUUUGAUGGUUUUGAGUCCCCAACAAGAAUUCUUCAAAUGAUGACGUCCUCUCUGCUAUUUGGAGGUUGCUUCUUGUCUCCUCUUCCAGACCACCUGUUGUGUUUGAGUGAAAAACCAAAACACUUGCAAGAUCUAAUAAAUGAGCCUUCCUUCAAGGAAAAACCAAAAACUUCUGUCACAGCGCAUCCUACUAUUCCAGUCAAAGAUAAGAAGGCAUUUUCUGGUGAGAACAACAUGAGGUUGUUAGAUAAAAAAGGGUUGUCUUCGCAAGGUAAGAGAGAUGGUAAGGACGACAAUACUGAUUUUGAUUCCCAAUUGAAGGAGACAGAAGUCGAUGUUAUAUCUUGUGAGGAGCUUGUUUCUAGUGCGUUGAAGCUUCCCCUUUUAUCUAAUGUUCCCGAUAACAUGAGGGGCUCCCCAGCAGCUUCACUGAAGGAAACGGUUUUCAGUGAUGCAUCAGAAAGGGAGCCUUUUGAACGAGUUUCUCUCCAUGUUAGCUUAGGUGAGAAGUCGACUGGGAAGACAACUUAUGCUGGCAAUAGCUUGAACAACAAAGCUGCUGAAGUCCGGAACGAUAUGGUGAUUGAUUCAGAAAAAGUUGGUGAUGGAAAAAGUGAAACAGUUGACAGUACUGCUAAUGUCGGGAUUGGCUCUUCCAAGUUUAGAAAGGCUCCAAAAAUUGGACUGAUAGAUCCUGUGAAUCAGGGGACCAACAGAUCCACUUCUCGUGAUGAGGUCAUGGUUGUAUCUCGUGAGAAAGAACAGUUCUCGCCGGGGGGUGAGAAAAAACCAAAGAAAAGUCAAGUUCAUGGCUCUGCUACUGGAAAAAUAGCUGUGGAAGUUAACGAAGAUAGUGCUCCGGUAUUGAAAGACAUGAAGUUUUCUGAUGCUGAGAAAAAUGUUUGUAGAAUUGAAGUGCGAAAGGAUUCUGGAAAAGGCAUGGGUCAAUAUGCUGAUUUCUUUGGGGAGAUGAAUGAGUUAGACGGUGAUGUAAUGGAUUCCCCAGAUGUGCCUUCUGGAGAGAUUUUGAAGAUUUCUGAGGUUGUUGACAAGACCUCCUUAGCUUAUGAGAACACUUCCAAGGAAAGGACAAACUCCUUGGAUACACGCAAGGGAAGAACUUCAGGGGAGAAACUUAAAGGGUACUCUAACAUUGAUCCUGUGCCAGAGAAUGGCCGACCUAGUAUAUCUGAGCAAGUCCCUAUUAGCAAUGAUGCAAAUGUUGAUUGGGUUGGCUGUGACAAAUGUCAGAAAUGGCGAGUUUUUCCUCCUGGCUUCAAACCUGACAACCUUCCUGAUUAUUGGGACUGCAGCAUGAUGAACUGGCUGCCUGAUAUGAACCGUUGCAGCGCUAGUGAGGAGGAAACCAACAAUUUCCAUGUCCCUCCCCCUGGCAUGACUUCAGCUGAUAUUUUGAGCUCUGGGAGAAUCACUGGUAAAGUAAGAAGAACACCAAAGUCAUCCUUCCAGAACUCUCCCAAAAAGCCUCCAAACUCCAUAAAGAAGAAGCAACAGUCAGCAAAAGAAAAUAGCUUGAAAGUGGGAACAAAUUCUUGCCUAGUGAACGGACUAGACCUGCAGCAACAAACUAAGUCUGGUGAUAUAUAUCCAGAUACAGGUCAACAGAAGAAAAUAGAGAAACACAGAAGAGAUUGUUACUCUGAUGGAGGUCAUGCAAAGAUCCCCAAAACAAAAAGUAAACGGGAAUCUGAUCAUGAGUUCCCGGGCACUUCUAAGAAAAGCAAGUCACGAAGCAUGCAAAGUGGGGAUAAUGAUUGGGUAGCUUCCCAUGAUCAAGGUGGUGAGACUUUGGGUGUUAGCUCAGGCUAUGGGCUGGGGGCUGGUACCGCUGGAAAGGAUCAGGUGUCUAACUCAAGGAUCUGUGUUUCUCGGAAUCUGAAGGAUGACAUAGGUAACAUCCCUCCAGAUUAUGUUGGGAAAUCAAAAUCCCAAGUUGAGGACCUCCCGGUGGUUGGUUCUGGCCAUGUCAGCAAGUCUAGUAGUGGAAAUAGGAAGAGAAAAGCUGAUAAGUUUAAGGAUCCUCCAAAUUCUACUCCAUCAUCUGGCAAAUUAAGGGAUGAUAAUGAUAAAUCUAGCAGGAAAAGGCAUAGGACAUCCAAGUCUGAGGGAAAAGAAUCCAGUGUAAGUAAAAGAAAUGGUAAAGCAGACAAGAAAAGUAAAAGUAUUCCACACCACAGAUUGGAUACUACUGAGUCUAUGCAAAAAGAUCCAUUAUGUGUAAAUCCUGUUGUGGCAGCUACAUCAAGCUCUUCGAAAAUUUCUGGAUCCCUUAAAGUCAAAUCAAAGUUCCAUGAAGUAAAAGGUUCACCUGUUGAAUCAGUUUCAUCUUCUCCCUUGAGAAUUCCACAUUCAGAUAAACUCAUAUCUGGGUCUAAAGUAAUAGGGGGGAACGAUAAUGUCCACGAUGCUCCAAAAUUGGCAACAAGCAGUCCUACAAGGUGCUCUGCUGUUGAUCAUGAUAGCAGCGCUGAUCCAUCUGGGGCUAUAAGGAAGGAUGCAAUUGCAACUGGAACACUUCAUGGUAUGAGUAACUUGCAAGACAAAAGUAAAGGAGGUUUACAUCUGACUAACAAUGGUAACAGCUGCAUAGAGAAAACGAACCUGGAUAAUGGGUUCCCCUUGGAAGCGCAGGCUUCAUAUAAAGGUGUGAACGAUACAGCUAGAGGUGAACUUCAUGUUGAUGCCAAUGUGUCCAGCUCAGGAAAAUCUUGGAAGGAUUCUCCUUCGCUCUCCAAGGAUAAGAAUCAAACUUUGAAAUCUAAUUCUGGGAGGGGCAAAGUAAAGAUGGCUGAAUCUUAUGACAACUCACUGAAUCAUAAACCCGUUCAUGAAGAGAAAGAACAAGACAGGAAAGUAAAAGUUGAUGAGAAAUGUGGGUCAAAUACUGAUAAAAGUAUGAGUAGUACGGUAUUUCACAAUAAAGAACCCUCUUUCCCAAAGUCUGAAGGGAGACAGGAAUAUGAUGAGAGAAGAUCUUCAAAGAAAUUUGAUGUGGAAAAAUCUGAGGACUUGGUACCAACAUCUGCAAAAGAGAAGCCCCGGCAUUUACCGCGGUCUGAUGGUGAGAAAAAUGAGAUGACAAAUAAGGCCAGUACUUCAGCCAGUGAUGCUCGUCUAGAUGGUCUUCCUAGCGAGCCCAAACUAAAUAAGAAAGCCGAUAACCAGAAUGGAACUCAUAUUUCAUCCAAGCAUUCAAUAUCUAAUGGGCACAGGAUCAAGAAUCAGGAUGCUCCAAGUCCUCUGAGAAGAGAUUCCUCUAGUCAAGCCGCAAGCAGUGCUAUUAAAGAAGCUAGAAACCUCAAACACUUAGCUGAUCGUUUAAAGAGUUCCGGUUCAACAGAGAGUAUAGCAAUGUACUUUGAAGCUGCACUGAAGUUUCUUCAUGGAGCCUCCCUACUGGAAUCUGGAAAAACUGAGAACAUCAAACAUGCAGAUAUUGUUCAAUCUAAGCAAAUCUAUAGUAGUACUGCAAAGCUUUGCCAGUUUUGUGCCCAUGAAUUUGAGAGGAUGAAAGACAUGGCUGCUGCUGCACUGGCAUACAAAUGUGUGGAAGUGGCAUAUAUGAGGGUAGUUUAUUCAUCACAUAAUACUGCAAGCAGAGAUAGGAAUGAAUUGCAGACUGCUCUGCAGAUGGUUCCUCCAGGAGAGUCGCCUUCUUCAUCUGCCUCGGAUAUUGAUAACUUAAACAACAAUGCAAAUGGGGACAAGGCUGCUCAAGCCAGAAGUAGUGGCUCACCUCAACUUGCUGCAAACCUUGUCAUUACAGCCAGGAACCGUCCAAACUUUUCUAGGCUUCUCACUUUUGCUCAGGAUGUAAAUUCUGCAAUGGAAGCUUGUAGAAAAUCACAUAUUGCUUUUGCAGCUGCUAAUGUUAGUAUGGGUCAGGCAGAUUUAAAAGAGGGAAUCACUUCCAUUAAGAGAGCUCUGGAUUUCAACUUCAAUGAUGUGAGUGGACUAUUGCGUCUGGUACGGCUUGCAAAGGAAUCAAUUAGCCGUUAAGCAGUUCACGUUAUCCAGAGGAAAAAUAUCUUUUGGAAGCGACUGUGUUAUGGAGGAAAAAUGAGAGUGGGUUCGGAUUAUUGCCCAGGCUUGAUUAUUACAUCAAUGUCACCUCAUCCUUUGCUUGCAUGCCGUGCAAUAUGGGCCAGAAAUCAGCUCAUGCCUUCAGCUGGUGCCUUGCAUAGGCAAGCUAGAGACACAUUGCAUACUGUUAAGGAUGGUUGAUGAAAAUUCUUUUUUCUACAAAUUAAGGUUGGAAGGGAUGGCGAUGAUCAUAUAUUCUUGGUUAUCUAUCCUGUUGGCAAGAGAAUUCCAAUCCCGUUCAUGUUAUUUUAUUUCAUGUAUAAUGUACAUAAUCUAAGAGAGUAGACAUGAGAAAUAAGCUCAUAUGGAGUAACAGCCAUUGGAGCUUGCUGGAAAUCCCCCACUCUUGUACCUAGACAAUCCCUGAAGGUUGAGGAAAAACUAUAAAUUGAGUGUUUUCCGUAUGGCAGUGCUGACAUGUUCCACAAUGAGAGGAUGCAAGUGGGAUGAAGCACCAAAUACAUGUAUAUAAGACAGGAAACCAAUCUUCCGUGUAUAUUUAGGAGGAAAUACUGCAGAAUUUACGUAGCACGCUCCUAACAGUUUCUAACUGAGGUCACUAACAUCGGGGUCGGCUCUAACAGGUGUAUGCUGAGGCGUUAUGUAAGUCUGAAAAUUGUAAAUACAGUAAUCACCAGAGAGUAGCCGUUUAUCUUUUUGAAGGCUUUUCCCCCCCUUUAGAUUAUUUGAUUUCUUAUAGUAUAUAUUUUUAUAUAUUUUUCUUCUGCAAGUGAUGUAAAAGUUGAACAUUGUCUUCUUUACCCCCAAUCAGUUUAGAAUUUUGUUCAUCUCUAAAUACUCCCAUAGUAGCAGAUACUGUAUUCUAGUAUAGUAGAAGAAAUUACGCAAAUUACCUCUCAUAUCCCUCGGAGUUGUGUCGACAUGUAUCAAGUUUGACUAAGUUUGUUAGCAUUUAAUGACUAAUUAAGCAACGUACGUUGAAUGGGAAA